AAAAAAAAAUACACCAAAACGAACAAAUCAACAAAAGAAAAAAAAAAAACUAUAUUGGGAAAGGACAGACCGUCACUAUAUCAAGAAGCUUACAGAUUGCAGUUAUUAGUCUCAAUUAUUUCUCCUUUUCCCCAAGUCAAAUUUAUUUUUGCAUAAUUGGGUCAGGUACCUAAGACCUAAAUCCUAGAAUUACACAAAUGAAUAACCGUGGCUCAAAUAGGUUCAACUUGAAGCUAUCACAUCUUUCACUUGAUGACAGAAACCUGGAUAAUCCAGUUCCUGCUUAUGAAACGAUCGAUAAUUUCACAAGCCCACUGUCUAAAAAUGAUCAAAAAAAGAAAGAUGAAGAAGAAAUCAUCAAUAUAUUACCUUCUUAUCAAAUGUAUCAGUCUACGAUCUCAAAAAAUAUCACCCCAUCUACUGAAGACUUAAGAACAGAACCUCCACGCUAUGAAUUAACUCCACAAGCUUCUCAAGUUUCAACGGGCGGUUCUAGUGGUGAAUAUUUUGCCAGUAGUGGAUCUGGUACAUCUUUCCCAAGCUCCCCCGAUCUUCCUUCUUCUAGACGUCCAUUCGAAACAUCUCCUCAUGAUGAUACAGUGGAUGAUUUCACUCGUUGGGAAGAUACAAUUUUGGCCAACUCCCACAAAUUGAAAAGGCUCCCUUCUAUUAAUAAAGAGGUUUCAAGAUUAAUUACCGUUAAGAUUCAUCUUACUGAACAUAUCGGUAAAAUUGGUAUUCCUCCUAAUAUACUAGACCCUUUAUCAGUGGAGUUUAAACAAGGCGAUUGCAUUUAUGGAUUUGUUACUGUAACAAAUAAUACUGAAAACCCCAUUCCCUUUGAUAUGUUUAGUGUUGUUUUAGAAGGAUCCAUAACAUUUGGUGACAAUCACCUCUCCACAAUGAAUCAACAGCCUCAAAUGAGAAAAUUUCUCAACAUGUUUGAUUUUAAUGCAUCUUGGAAUGAUGGAUGUUUGGAUCGUUUGACUACAGAUCAUAACAACCCUCAUUUCAUUUAUGGAAAUAUUAUAGAUCCAAUCGAUGGCACCUACACUCAGUUAGAUCAUCGUAAAAUUUUCGAACCUUAUAAAACAUACAAAAAAUUUUUUACUUUUAGACUUCCUGAAAAAUUACUUGAUAGUUCUUGUGAACAUGGGUUUGUUAAACAUCUUCAAAUACCUCAAACAUUGGGAACCUCUAAAAAUGAAAUUAUAAGCAAUUUACGUCAGAAGUGGAAAGAUGGUAAUUAUGAUUCGCAUUCAUACUCACAUUCACAUUUACAUUCGAACUCUCUUUCUCAAACUCAUUCACGUACGAAUUCUCAUACUAAUUCCGCUGUGACAUCUCCAGCUUUAUCUCCUUAUCAAUCACCUAGUCAUUCAACAUUGCCUUCCACUAACAACUCAUCUGAUCACUUAUCAGCACUUCCUAGUAAAGUUGAUGAACUUAUGAAGCAUGAAUCUUAUAAACAAAAGCAAAAAUACUCUUCAAUAACCCAGGAUUUUGCUUUCCCUGAUGCCUCUAUAUCUUACUGUAUUGGAGCCAGAGUCAUUGGGAAAGCUUCGGAAUAUGAAAGCUUAUUUAUGAAAAACUCUCAUCCUCAUCUUAACCCUGAACAUGACGAAUACGUUGUUGCAAAUGAAGAUAAUGCAUAUCUUCGAGCUAUUUUCACUACUCAUUCUUCAUUCGAACUCAAUAGAUCUAUGAUUAAUGAAGAAGCCAGGUUAAUUUAUGCUAAUAUGGUAAACAAGAUUAAUAAUAAAAUUGCUUUGGGUAGAGAAUUAUCAUCUCGUCCUAGCGAUGAAAGGACACCUUACAGUUCUGAAAGCAAUUCUCUUCACAGUUCAUCUUCAUUUUCAUCACUCCAUCCAACACUGAGCGGUGCUGAAUUAUCAAAAAUGCAACAGUCUUAUUACACUAAGAUAAGAAAUUUGGAUAGAGAAACUCAUGCAGACCACCGAGAAAAUGUUUAUGAAGUUUUUUUACCUUAUAAAAAGAAAACUAUUAUCGGAUCUUCAAAAGUGAUUGGUCUCGCUGCAUUAUCUACUCCUAAGACAGAAUAUAUGAUAAAUUAUUUCCCAUUACCCCAGUUUCGAAACCCUGAGGGUCCAUUACCAAAUACAAAAGUCACCAUUCCUUUUGAUUUGACUUUCCUUUAUACAGAUGGUCAUCAUCACACCGUUCCUGAUUUCCGUAAAAUCUCAGUAGAGUUGGUUGCACUUACUAUCAAAUCUAGAAGUAUACCUAUUCCAGUUGUAUUCCAUCCAGAUAUGUUGUUUGAAAAUAAAAGUAGAGGAAUCGAUAAUUUUGACAUGGUCACAAUUAAAAAAUUUCAAAAAUACGCUGGUGAACUCUCAAAGCUUAUGAAGGAAGUAGGACCUGAGUCUCUCGAAUUAGAUAGGGAUAUUUUCCUUGAUAUUAAAUCUUUGGCUAAUCUUGCCUCUAAGUAUGAUCAUCUCAAAAUUCCUAAUUGCUCUGUUUCGAAGCCUCACUCUCAUGAUUGCGUAUCUCAUUUGAAUCAGUUGGAUUGGGAAACCGAAUCAAUCAAAACCACCGGUCAUAAUGGAGCUAUUGAGGAGCAGUUGAAAUUCAGUAAAAAAUUCGAUCUUCAUGUCGAUAUCAAAGACGCUGUUUUGAAUGGCCCUACGCCUCAUGAUUUCUGCCUUGUUCCAGAUUUCCAAUAUUGCUUGAUGUCCAGAUUGUAUUACUUGAAAGUUGAUCUCAAAUGCCCUAAUGGAGAUAAAGUGACUAUUAAGAUUCCACUUGUUUUGCAACGUCAAAGACAGCUAAGCGAAGAGUGAGUGAUCUUCCUUGUUUUCUAUUCGUCAAUGCUUUUUUUUUUAUUUCCCUUUGUUUACUUGUUUUCUUCUUUUUUUUUUUACGAAAUAAUGACACUAUAUAGAUCUUUUCAUUGAUAAACCAUUU